AAGGAUUUUAUUUUCAGACACAAUAAAAACUUCUUUAAUGAAUUAUUGCUCUGUCCUUUCAUUUUUAAAUAUAAAUUACGUUAUUUAUUUAGUCAACGUUAAACCUGUCUGCGUAAAUGCAAAUUGGUGGGGAUCUUUCGACAAACAAGGAUGGUCAACUUGUAACACCACAAACCAGUUUAUCACUGGCUUAUAUCGCAGCACAUUAAGUCCCAACUAUGAUGGACUUUACCGUCUUGAAGAAGCCAAAUGCUGCAAAUCUAGUCCAAUAUAUAUUGGACAGGAAAGUAUUUGCCAAUAUGCUGACUGGUGGGACUCUUUCAACAAAACAGGGUGGAGUGUUUGUUCAAAUGGAUAUUUUCUAAAUGGUCUCUAUCGCUCAAAGGGAGAACACUUACAAAACAUCGAACAGGGAAAAUGUUGCAAACCAGUCAAUCAUCCCGAAAACUAUGAUAACUGUCAGCAUGAAUAUAUCAAAAGUGAUUUCAACAAAAAAGGAUGGACAAUAUGUAAAAAAGAUGGCUACUACGUCACUGGAUUAAGACGAGAUUCUGGGAAUUGGCUAAAGGACAUUGACAGUUUUAAAUGCUGUAAAAUGUGGAGUGGCUGAAGCCCUAUGCCAACUACCUGAUAAAUAACCAAGUAAUGAUUUUAUAAAAAAAAGUUGUUGUUGUAGUUAGAAACUGUUAUUUCAGUUAUUUUAUUAACUCGUUUUUCAAAUAAAGCUUUGAUACAAAA